UUCUAUCUUAUCUCACAAAGCAAAGCAUAUCUCAAGGAUAUUUCUUCAUGGACACAACUUCCUUCAAUUCACAAUCAUCAACAUCCACUCCUUUUUAUCAACAUCACAUCCAUGGAGAAAAUGGUUGUUAUAUGCUUUGCUUCAAUACAAAAUGGGAUUUUAGUGCUUCUUGCUUUAACUAUAUUCCAAGAAGUGCAAGGAAUUGGUGUUAACUAUGGCACAAUAGCAAACAACCUUCCACCACCAUCUCAAGUUGCAAAAUUUCUCUUACACUCUACCAUAAUUAACAAGGUGAGAAUCUUUGAUGCUAACCAAGAAAUCUUACAAGCAUUUGAAAAUACAAGAAUUGAGAUAACCAUAACAAUACCUAAUGACCAAAUACCCAACAUAACCAAUUUAACCUUAGCUCAACAAUGGGUCAAAACCAAUGUCCAACCCUUCAUUCCUUCAAUCAACAUCAUAAGAAUCUUAGUAGGUAAUGAAGUUUUAUCAACAGCUAACAAGCUUUUUAUUACCAACCUUGUCCCUGCCAUGCAAACUUUACACACUGCCCUUAUAACAACUUCAUUAGACAACCUUAUAAAAGUGUCCACACCACAUUCUUUAGGUAUUUUGUCUAAUUCAAGUCCACCAUCUAGUGGUAGGUUUAGAGAAGGCUAUGAUAUACAUAUAAUCAAACCAAUGCUUAGGUUUCUUAAAGAUACAAAUUCACCUUUCAUGGUUAACCCUUAUCCUUUUUUUGCUUGCACUUCAAGCAACCUAGAUUACGCACUUUUCCGUGCAAAUUCAGGGGUUUUGGAUGAUAAUACUAAAUUACAUUACACUAAUAUGUUUGAUGCACAACUUGAUGCUGUUUAUUCAGCUAUGAAAGUUUUGGGCUUUGAGGAUGUUGAGAUUGUUAUUGGCGAAACGGGUUGGCCUACGAUAGGCGACUCGGCCCAAAUUGGUGUCGAUGGGAACAGUGCUUCUGACUAUAAUGGGAAUCUUAUAAGACAUGUUACUUCUGGGGUUGGAACACCUCUCAUGCCAAACCGGACUUUUGAGACAUAUAUUUUUGCUUUGUUUGAUGAAAAUCUAAAGCCCGGUCCAAUAUGUGAAAGGAAUUUUGGGUUGUUCCGACCCAACAUGACUCUUGUCUAUGAUGACGUCCCAAUAAUGAGAAAAAAUGUAGCUGUUGCUAACAGUCAUUCUAAAGCAAUAUUGUCAUUCAUGACAGCCUUGAGCUUCUUGAUUGGUUGGUGGACUUAAAUUUUGUUGGCUCAUUGUUCAUUUCUAGCAGCCUCAAAAUACGCGCGACAAAUCAUUUCAGAUUUUGCACAUUCGGAGAAAAUAUAGUUUUUGUUUCGUUUGAAAUUUGAAUGUGUACUUUGCGACAAAUCAAGAGUGUUUGUGCCGUCCGGAUUUAUAUUUUGGAAAUCAUGUGUGGUUUUUCAGAAAUGCGCGGAGUGGGUGAAAUUGACCUCAAAUCUUGCAUUGGUCGUAAUUAUGCAAUUUGAUUGAUCAGGACAAAGAUAAGAUGGAUUCAAAUUCAUUGAAAGUGGCAAAUGUAAAAUUCCUUGACAGUGGACAAUUUGGAUCACAGUUAUUGAGUUCAGCAAGCCAUUACUGUAGUCAUUUUCAUCAUCAUCCAAGAAAUUGAUGAGUGCACCAAAAAUGAUGGGAUGACAUAAAUGCCUUGCAAAAGAAACAAUAUUCUUUAUUGGGCUUGAAUGCUGGGUCGAUUAAUUAAAGUGGGUGGGCCAUACACAUUAGGUUAGUAUAUAGCCCCUCACUCCCAGAUGCUCAACCCCCGUAAAAGACGGAAAAGGAGAUAGCUUCCGAUAAAAGUAAAGCCGAUUGGAACAUAUCUCCCAUUAGGUUUGUCCCAGGAGAUCGCUCAACCCUGAUGACACAAACCUAUCAAGAUAUACGUUCCGAUAUAUUAAGGGGCUUUUUAGCAGACAUGAGAGACCUAUGGAACAAUUUCCUGAAACCAAGUGGACGCAUUUCAAAGUUCAAACUAUGGCCUAUUUUUUAUUUUUCUUCUUUUUAGCUACUAUUUUGUAAAUGUAGUAAUGUUUAAAAUUUUUGAAUAAUAAUGAAUUGUUAAUGAUGCUCUCAGAGCUGAUCCAAGA